AAAGACAGAGUGGACCCAAAAUCAGUGAGACUGCCUGGCUGGCAGACUGGAAACAGUUGGUGGUCUGAAUCUUCUAUUUUCUCAACUAUCAUCUAGUCAGAACAACUGCGUCCAAAUGGCACCGUUGGCGUUGAGGCUUUUAUUUAUGCUGUGCUGUGCAUCAGUAUGUGUUUCUGGGAUGAGGAGAGAAUAUUUCCUCAGGAUAGAGGAAGUUCAAUGGAACUAUGCACCAAGUGGAAUGAAUCUCAUCCACAACCGCUCACUCCAGGAGGAUGAAGAAGCUGCAGUCUUUCUCUUGAAAGGCCCCCAGCAAAUCGGCUCCACCUACAAGAAGGCUGUUUAUAAGCAAUACAGUGACGCCACAUACAAGACAGAGGUCAUGAAACAAGACUGGCUGGGAUAUGUGGGACCCCUGCUGAUGGCUGAGGAGGGAGACACAGUGGUUGUCCAUCUGAGGAACAUAGCAUCAAGACCGUACAGCAUCCACCCACAUGGACUGAACUACAGUAAAGGCAGUGAAGGGGCUUUGUACCCAGAUGCCACAUCAACAAACUUGAAGCGAGAUGACUCAGUGGCUCCUGGUACAACAGUAACAUACGAGUGGUCCCUACCACAGUCCCACAGCCCAACUUUGACUGAAAGCAACUGCCUGACCAGGUUCUACCACUCCCAUGUCUCCACACCAAAAGAUAUCAACUCAGGACUGAUCGGGCCCCUCAUCAUCUGUAAGACAGGAACUCUGGACUUGCAUGGCGACAGUUCAGCAGACUACCUGUACGCGCUUAUGUUCUUGGUGACGGAUGAGAACUUUAGCUGGUACCUAGAUGAAAACAUUAGGACACAUAUCACAAAUCCUGCUCAAAAUCUGAAGGAGAAUGAAGAUUUCAUUGAAAGUAACAAGAUGCAUGGUAUCAAUGGAUUUCUUUACGGUAAUCUCCCUGGACUGAGCAUGUGCCAAGGGAACAAGAUCCACUGGCAUAUGAUUGGCUUAGGCAAUGAGGUGGACAUGCACUCAGUUCAUUUCCACGGCCAGAUCCUCACCAGCGAAAAUCACCACACAGAUACAGUCAGUCUUUUCCCCGGGUCCAGCACCACAGCUGAGAUGGUAGCAGACAACCCUGGACACUGGCUGCUGACAUGCACCGUUAAUGAUCAUCUCAUGGGUGGUAUGCAAGCUGUAUUCGAGAUCAGGAAGUGUUUCCCCAAUGUUCAUAAACCUCGUCCAUAUGGUGAGCUCAGAGAAUUCUUCAUUGCUGCAGAAGAAGAAGUCUGGGACUAUGCUCCUACGCUGCCAUCUGACGGUGAAGCAGACAUGUUUGUGACCAGAGGUCGCAAUCGUAUUGGAAGUCGCUACAAGAAGGUUCGCUAUGUGGAAUACGUUGAUAGCAGCUUUCUAACCAAGAUGCUACGCAGCCCAGAGGAGAAACACCUUGGAAUUCUGGGUCCUGUGCUGCGAGCUGAAGAGAAAGACACCAUCAAGGUGGUCUUUAAGAACAAGGCCAGUCGGCCUUACUCUAUACAGCCCCAUGGUGUACAGUACAGUAUCGAACAAGAUGGAACCCUCUAUCACAAUGAGCUUGAAGAGUCCUACACAGCAAAAAAACUAAGGGAAUUAAAAGGAGAAGCAAGAACAGUUACACCUCCUCCAGCUGCUUUGGUUGCCCCAGGGAAGACGCACACAUAUGAGUGGUUAGUACCUGUGGGUGCCGGGCCUGUACCGAAGGAGUCGGACUGUCUGACCUACCUGUACUACUCGGGAGUAGACCCGGUAAAAGACACAAACUCUGGACUAGUUGGACCGUUGCUUGUCUGUCGACCUGGAUCGCUCAAGAAGGGGGUACAGAAAAACUAUAAUAAAGAAUUCCACCUGCUGGCUACUGUGUUCGAUGAAAACCUCAGCUGGUAUCUAGAUGAUAACAUUCGGACCUUCGCCACAGCUCCCACCACUGUUAACAAGGAGGAUGAGGGCUUUAUUGAGAGCAAUAAGAUGCAUGCCAUCAAUGGAUUUAUAUAUGGGAACCUUGAAGGCCUUACUAUGUGUAAGGGGGACAAAGUGACAUGGCACCUGUCAGGACUGGGUUCAGAGACAGACAUCAACAGCUUUUACUUCCAGGGAAAUCGUUUUGUCUUUCGUCAAAACAGAAUGGACACCAUUUCUGUCUUUCCACACAUCUCACACACUGUGACGAUGGAGCCAGACAGCAUGGGUCAAUUUGAAGUGGCAUCCCCAACGGUUGACCAUCACCGCGGAGGAAUGCGUGCUAAUUACACAGUGCAGAAGUGCAGCUUCUUUCAGCGACAGGGUGAGACCAUGGUCCAUUCUAAAACAUACUACAUUGCUGCCAUGGAAAUGGACUGGGACUACUCUCCAAACCGUACUUGGGAGGCUGAGAUGUAUCAUGGUCAGCAAAGUCCUGCGACUGUCUUCCUUGACCAGCAAGGUGGCUUCAUAGGCUCACGCUACAAGAAAGUCGUCUACCGCCAAUUCACGAAUGACAAGUUCAUCAAUCAAGUGGAAAGAGGUGCAGACAUGGAACAUCUUGGCAUUAUGGGUCCAAUGAUACAUGCUGAUGUUGGAGACAAAGUGAAAGUGGUUUUUAAAAACAUGGCGUCCAGACCCUAUUCCAUCCAUGCCCAUGGAGUCAAGACCGAAAGCCCAACUGUUUACCCCACCAAACCAGGUGAGACACACAUCUACGAGUGGUACGUUACAAAGAAUACCGGACCAACCGCUGAGCAAGAAGAGUGCUCUGUGUCAGCAUACUACUCCACAGUGGAUGUUGCCAAGGACCUAUACAGUGGCCUAAUUGGUCCCUUGGUUAUCUGUCGCCGUAGCUGGGCCAGGAGUUUAGGCCUUAAGAAGGAAAUUGAGGAGUUUGCAUUGCUGUUCCUGGUCUUUGAUGAGAACGAGAGCUGGUAUUUGGAUGAAAACAUCAGGACCCACAUCAGGAACCCACGACCAAACUUGAAGGACGAUGAAGUCUUUAUAGAGAGCAACAAAAUGCACGCCAUUAAUGGCUUUGUAUAUGCAAACCUAAAUGGCUUGAACAUGGAGGUUGGAGAUAAGGUCUACUGGUACCUGAUGGGGAUGGGCAACGAAGUGGACAUCCAUGGCGUCCACUGGCAUGGUCAUAGUGUGGAAUAUAAGCUGGGGGGAGGCCCACACACUACUGAUGUCUUUCAGCUUUUUCCAGCCACCUUCCAGACUGUAAAAAUGCGACCUCAGUACCCAGGAACAUGGCUACUACACUGUCAUGUGACUGACCAUAUUAAGGCUGGCACAGUAGCCAUAUAUACCGUAAGAGAUAAAGUGAAGAAGAGGGGAUUCACCGGUUGAGUAAAUGGAGGAAAAUGAUCACUUUUGUUGGUUGUCAGAUUUAAAUACAUAGCAUCACAGUUUCUUCAAUACUUGUAGUAAUAACAGUAACUUGGCAACAGGGGGCACUCUGAUUACAGCAAUAAAGAAUCAAUCUGCAGUCACUAGAAGUAUCUCAAGUGUAAAGAUUUUUAAAUGACUGUCGAGAUAGCUUUUUCAUAACCAAAUAAAGUGGUUUUCAAAUAUUAUUUUCACUACAGAAAGAUAUCAGUCUUGUGUGUGGUAGCAUUAUAUUACAAAUUGUGAUGCUUUUAACAGAAUCCCUUUGUCAAAUUGUACCUUUG